CUGUAAAAUAAAAAUGGAACCUUUGCCUCUUCCACCUUUUCUGAAUCUGUAAAAUUCUCCUAAAAGAGUCUGCUCACAUCCAUUGUCUUCUCUCUCAGGAACCCCAUGAAAUUGAAAUGCUUGAUGAAGUCUUUCUUUGAGCUUUCUUUUGCUUCAACGGUGGGGUUUGGGUUUGGGUUUUGUACCCUCUGAUUCUAUCAUGACCUUUUCAAUUUCCCUCAUCAAGAUUCCCCAAAACCCUUAAAGAUUUCCCCAUUUCUUGCUGAUUUUCGUAGCAAAUAUUAAAUCUUUUCGAAACCCCACCUCUCCACAUGCAUGUUUUCGGGUUUGUCUGAUCUGGAUUGGAUCGAAAGGGUCUCUUAGUAUUAUAUUUCUAUUGGUGGUGGGGAUGUUCAGUAGCCAUUAGCCAACUCUCUUUUCUCAUCAAUCUUGGUCUGCCGUUCACUCUAAACGAGCCAAGAUAUAAUUAUAAGGUCUUGCCAUGGCACUGAAUCUUUAUUGCUGAGAUUUGUGUUCAUAUUUGGAUGGUUUAUUAGGGUUUGUUUCCAAGAAACUAUUGAUUGCAGCCAUGGCGGCAAUUGAUGUGACAAAGUAUGCCCACAGUCCAACCCACAAAGCCGUAGUGACAAAAGAUUAUGGUGGUUUGAAGAAAAUCAUUGCUGGGUUGCCACGUCUCUGUGACCCUUCAGAGAUUCAUAAUGAAUCAGUCUCUUUGGCGGAGGAAGCCAAGGCUGACGCGAUCUCCGCCGUCAUUGACCGCCGCGAUGUCCCUAAUCGCGAUACUCCGCUCCACCUGGCGGUCAAACUUGGCGAUACCACCGCCACCGAAAUGCUCAUGCUUGCUGGUGCAGAUUGGAGCUUGCAAAAUGAGCAUGGUUGGAGUGCCCUUCAAGAAGCUAUUUGCAAUAGAGAAGAAGUGAUUGCUAGAAUUAUAGUUAGACAUUAUCAACCAAUUGCUUGGGCUAAAUGGUGUAGAAGAUUGCCAAGAUUGGUCGGAACGAUGAGACGAAUGCGGGAUUUUUAUAUGGAGAUCACCUUUCAGUUCGAAAGCUCGGUUAUCCCCUUCAUUUCCAGGAUUGCCCCUUCUGAUACUUACAAGAUUUGGAAAAGGGGUGCCAAUUUGAGGGCUGAUAUGACUUUAGCCGGUUUCGAUGGUUUCAGAAUUCAAAGGGCUGACCAAACCGUUCUUUUUCUUGGCGAUGGUUCAGAGGACGGAAAAGUUCCUCCCGGAUCGCUUUGUAUGAUUUCACACAAAAACAAAGAAGUGAUGAACGCUUUAGAUGGAGCUGGUGCACCAGCAAGCGAUGCGGAGGUGCAGCAGGAAGUUCAAGCCAUGUCUCAGACGAAUAUAUUUAGGCCCGGGAUUGAUGUGACUCAAGCCGUUCUUUUGCCACAGAUUACGUGGAGAAGACAGGAGAAGACCGAAACAGUUGGGAGUUGGAAAUGUAAAGUUUACGAUAUGCAUAAUGUGGUUGUGAGUAUAAAAUCCAGACGUGUCCCGGGAGCCAUGUCGGAUGAUGAAUUCUUUUCGUCUUGCAAUGAAAACGAAACAGAAAGCGAAGAGCUUAAUGAUAUUUUGACGGAUGAAGAGCGUAAGCAGCUCGAAGCUGCACUUAAGUUGGAUUCUUCAGAUUUGAUGAACGAAAACAGUGAUGAAAUCAUUGGGCAUCGCCAUAGUUGUUAUGAACAAAGAGAUAUCCCGAUUGAGGAUGUUUCUAGUUACAGAAACGGUGAGAUUAAGCAUGAAAAGGACAAGAAAGGUUGGUUUGAUGGAUGGAGGAAACGGGAUAAUAAUAAGCACGAACGAGUCAGAAAGGGUGCACCGGUCCCACCUAGAGGUUCGCUAUGUUUAGAGGAGAAGGUCAGCGAUCUACUCGGGGACUCGCCUUCCACAAGUCAAAGUCAAAGUCAAAUACAACCCGGAAGGCAUUCUAUGGAGGUUACUGCAAAAGAAAACGAGAAUAGGAGAGCACGGGAUUUGAAACCAUCUUCGUCAACAAGUUCAAGCAGUGGCAAUCGGCGCAAAGAUGGAACCCGUGAGAACGAGUAUAAGAAAGGGUUGAGACCCAUUCUUUGGCUUUCACCCAACUUUCCAUUGCGGACCGAAGAACUCUUGCCUUUGCUUGACAUUUUAGCGAAUAAAGUUAAGGCGAUACGAAGGUUAAGAGAUUUGCUUACCACAAAACUUCCAAUGGGCACCUUUCCUGUUAAGGUUGCGAUUCCAGUGAUUCCAACCAUAAGGGUGUUGGUUACUUUCACCAAGUUUGAAGAACUACAACCGUUGGAUGAAUUCACAACCCCACCUUCAAGUCCAACAAGUGGUGAUCGCGAUAGCCCAUCGAUGGCAAAUCAAUCAUCAUCAUCAUCAUCUUGGUUUCAGUGGAUCAAGACUCCAUAUCAUCGUUCUAGCCUCUCAUCCGGUGCUUCAAGCAGUAGGAUAGAAACUAUUCAAGACCCAUUUGUGAUUCCUGCUGACUACACAUGGAUCAGCGCUGAAGCAAAGAAGAAGAAGAUGCAGGAGAAGAACAAAUCAAAGAAAGGAAGAACGCAAAAUCAGUAGCACGGAUGUCAAAAAAUUUGAAGUUGAAGUGAAACCCGCGAAACAGAAGGCAUUUGACAGAGAUACCAAGUCGGUAAAAUUAUUUUUUUAUUGAAAUCUUCACUAAUUGGCGUUAGUUACUAAUUUGCAUUAGUUUAAGAAGGAAAUUUGGAGCCACUUUGCUCUCGACUUGUGAGUCUUUGAUAGGGUUGUGACUCCAGUAAAUCAUUGUGGGGGGUAUAAAAAGUUGAAAUUGUGAUUCUUGUGGAAUUCGAUUGUUUGACUUUGUGGUCAAUGCUUAUGCUUCCACCAUUUUAUCCAUUUUUUCGUUCCUUC